AUGAAACAAAGAAAGAAGAGUCAGAUACAAAGUUAUGCUAAUAAUAAUAAUAAUGAAGAUAAUGAUAGUGAUGAUGAUGAUGUAACAUUAUUCAAUAAAGAAGAAACAACUAGUACUACUACAACAACCACACGCAUGAAUACUACAAACAAUGUAAACACCAAACAUGUUACUAAAAGAAGUAAGAAUAGUGAUAAUAGUGUCGAUAGUAUAAGUGAUAAGAUAGAUUCAACAUCUAGUCAAAAUGAUACAAAAAAGAGAUCAUCAUCUUAUCGUAUCAACAACAACAACAACAACAACAACAACAACAAGAGAAUUCAAGAUGAAAAAGAUAAGCAGGGUAAUAAUGAAUUGAAAAGUAAACAAAAGAAAGAUUUACUUUUGAUUUGUCAAGAGUUGGGUAUUGAAGCAUCAAUGAAAGAAACAAAGGAUGAAAUCAUUGAAAAGAUUCUAAAGAUACAAAAUGAUCAAUUAGAAUUUAAACGUAAAAUGGUUGAUAAUAAUCCUUUAUGUGAUUACAACAAGGGAUCACUCGAAUAUUCAUUACCGUGGCCAAUCAUCAGUAAAAUACUCGAUCUAGUUUGGACUGAAUCUUCUAUUUGUACUUGUUACUAUAAUGAUGAAGCAACCAGAAAAUUUCUAAUGUAUGCAUUGAUACUCAAUCAAGAAUCAUUGGAUCACCUCAACAAUCAAUAUUGUCCAAUCAAGAAACCAAAGGUCGUUACCUUGUAUGGUUCAGAGGAUGAUCUUGACCUUGGUAGUCAAAGUACAAUGAUAUUUAACUCUGUUGAAAAGCUUAAACUUGAAAACAUUAAUAUUAAACCACCCAACAACAAAAUAAUAUCCAAAAUCUUUAAUAAUAAUAUCAAAUCAAUGACACCAAUCUACUUAUUAAAUAGUAAUAUAACCGACUCCAACACAUUUAAACCAUUCUUAUUAGGUUUCAACAAUCUCACAUCAAUCAAUUUACUAUACUAUAGAGGGAUAUUUACAAAGUCGGAUUUAUUUUUAGAUGUUUUAGCAAAGUCACCAAGAUUAGUAGGAGGAUUAGUUAAAAUAUUAAUUCCAAAGGAUUGGUGUAAAUCACAUAUCACUCUUGACACUAAAUUGGCCAACAGUAUUCUCACCAGCAACAUCCUUCCACCUCAACAAAUGAUAAACCUACAAACAUUUCAUAUUAACCAUAUGAUGGUUGGAUACAACUUGGAUGACCUAAAACUUACUAAAAUAGUCGACCAUACUCGUGACAGUUAUUUCCUCCUCCCAAAUAUCAAAACCAUUCCAAAAACAAUCACAACUAUUAAAUUCAAAACAGCAAGUGAUCCCAACUUCAUUAUUGAGAGUACAUUUGGUCAAUUAAAUAUCAAGAAACUAUUGUUUGAUUCUGCUUAUGAAAUGACAGAAAUAAUGAUAAAUAGUUUUGCAAAAAGAGGUUAUGAAUAUCAUGGAUCGACAUUUAAAACUAGAUCAACUUCAACCAGACAAUUCAAAUUUAUUAAAUCAACAACAAGAAAUAUUCCAGAAAUAAUAAUUGUAGACAACAAAACAACAACAAAAAUAGAAUCACCUCAAAAUAACUGCUACAACAACCCGACACUUCCUUUCUAUUUAAUCGAAAAUAUUGUUAGAUAUUCAUGGAACAGUUAUUAUUGUACUUGUGAAAUUGAAACCUCUGACGACGAAAGUGACAAUAUACCUACUCUGGAGCAAUGUCUACAACUCAUUAAAGCCAAAUCAAUUUGUCCAAUACACAAGGAUCGGUCUCCACAUUUAGGUGAUUUUAUAACCAAACCUCUUCUUCAAAGAAUCAAUAGACUUCGAUUUGGAUUGUCAAUCACAUGCAAGAGGCUGUUUGGAUUUGUUUCAAAACAUCUUGUCAAGAGAAUGAUAUUUUCAAACAAUCUACACGACAUACCAUCUUUACACUUGCAUUUUUCAAAUCAAUAUUGUUUGGUUGGUAAAUCAAUUGAAACACUUACAUUAGAGUUUAAAAACUCCAUGGCAUUACAACACCCAAACAUACUUCAACUUGGUCAUUAUUCAAAUGUCAGUAGACUGAAACUUGUAGAAAGUCCCGAACAAAGCCGUUCAAAAAUCCCAGAUUUCUAUUCAACACUAUUUAACUCUAUCCUGGCAUUUAAAUCACUUACUGAAUUGGAUGUAUCUGACUUUCCAGUUUACAACACUAGCUAUAUUUACAAUGGUAUCGAUCGAAACUUGAUCAAAGGAUUAAAAGAUAUUGCACUUGUAAAACUUUAUUAUUUCAAUCAUCGAAUAGGAGUUGUAUUUCCAAAGUACCAAGAUAGAGCUGAUAAUGAAUGCCCACUUUCACAAUCAUUAGAAUCAGUAUCAAUCAAUACCUAUUACUUACAAGACAUCUCAAAGUGUCUAUUUCAACUGACAAAACUUAGACACCUAAGAAUCAUAAAUAAUAAUAAUAAUAAUAACAAUAGAGAUGCUAAUAAUGAUAAACUACUUGAAUCAACAAAACUUCCAAAUGGUAUUCAAAAGAUAUCAACCGAUGAUCCAAUCAUUGUUACCAAAAUCAGUCAGAUCCAAAAUCCACAAAUCAAUCAAUUGACAAUACUUUCAAACGAUCAGCCAUAUGAAUACGUAUUUGACUAUAACAAUAUCCAAAGGAUUGUCAUCAAAUCAUCGGUAUUGGACUCUCACCCAUUUAUUUCAUACCAAAACAACUACCAAUUCAUUGGAACCUUUGUAACAAAACAGACACAUUCUAAUAUCGGAACUCUCAAAUGGGUUUAUAUCAAAAGAACAAAUGAUAAUCCAAAUAAAUAA